AUGUAUCGCGAUAAUUUCAUGCAUAUUACAGUACGCACAACAUGCCACCAGUCGCUGCGUGGACUUCCCCGUCGCCAAUUUGCUACGGCAGCGAACUCCAAGUUAGUCUCAGCCAAGCCCAACAAAUUCUUGACUCUCAUCAGCUGUACUAAGUUUUCUACUAGGCCUUUCGAUGUCAUCGUCAUUGGCGGCGGCCAUGCUGGUGCUGAAGCCUGUGCCGCAGCUGCAAGAACAGGAGCGAAAACUGCAUUGGUCACUCCAAAAAUCGAUAACAUUGGGACUUGCUCAUGCAAUCCGAGUUUUGGGGGUAUCGGAAAGGGAACGAUAAUACGAGAGAUUGAUGCUCUUGAUGGUCUAGCUGGAAAAAUUAUCGACAAAGCCGGUGUCCAGUUUCACAUGUUGAAUCGUAGCAAGGGACCAGCGGGUCCUCGUGCUCAAAUCGAUCGAAAGCUAUACAAGCAAUACAUGAGAGAGGAGCUUGAGUCAUAUCCGAAUCUCUCAAUCGUUCUCGCCAGUGUUUCUGAUAUUAUUUUAUCGAAGCUUGACCCUCCACAGGCACUAGGAGCCUCCAAAUCCAUUGCAGGGGUCCGAUUAGACUCUGGCCAAGUUUUGCCCUCAAACAAGGUCAUUAUUACCACUGGCACGUUCUUGGGCGGCGAAAUACACAUCGGUCUCCAGAGCUACCCGGCAGGGCGACUGGGUGAAGCAGCUACCUUUGGAUUAAGUAAAUCGCUUCGGACUGCAGGCUUCCAGCUCGGAAGACUCAAGACCGGUACACCUCCGCGGCUGGAUCAAAAGACCAUUGACUUUAAGGAGCUGGAGGUUCAAUAUGGAGACACACCGCCCACUCCGUUCUCCUUUUUGAAUAAUGCUGUGUCCGUCGCGGAUCAGCUGACCUGUAGCAUUACACACACUACCGACGCAACUCACCGAAUUGUACGUGAAAACCUCCAGAACACCGUUCACAUCCGAGAGACAAUUAAGGGUCCAAGGUACUGCCCAUCCUUGGAGUCCAAGGUUCUUCGCUUUCCAGACAAAGAGCGACACAUAGUAUGGCUUGAACCAGAAGGCUUCGAGAGUCAAAUUGUAUAUCCUAAUGGGUUGUCAAUGACCAUACCACCUGAGGCUCAGAAGCAGGCAUUGCGAACUAUCAAAGGCCUCGAGCGGGUAGAAAUGCUGCAGCCGGGCUACGGUGUUGAAUACGACUACAUCGAUCCUCGUGGGCUCAAAUCCACGCUCGAGACUCGAGCUAUCCACGGUCUAUACCUCGCGGGGCAGAUCAACGGUACCACUGGCUACGAAGAAGCCGCUGGGCAGGGUGUUAUGGCAGGCAUUAACGCAGGGCGAGUUGCUCAGGGAUUGUCCGAAGUGUCAAUAUCCAGAUCUGAUGGUUAUAUUGGAAUUAUGAUAGAUGAUCUCAUUACGAAAGGCGUUACGGAGCCCUACAGGAUGUUUACAUCCAGAAGCGAAUUCCGCAUGGCGGCCAGAGCUGAUAAUGCAGAUCUUCGGCUUACGGAGAAAGGUCGGGACUGGGGCGUAGUCUCUGAUUCCCGCUGGAAAGCAUUUUCAGACGAGCGUCAGCAGAUUGACGAUCUUACAAAGAUACUCAACUCGGUGUCUCUCACAUCCACACAAUGGUCGGAACAAGGUUGGCAUCUCAAGAAGAACUCGCCGCGCCGGACAGGUAUUGAUAUUCUUCGACUAUCGAAUACCGGGACUCGAGUUGAUCUUCAACAGCUGAGCACCUCCAUUCCGGAAAUUAAAUCAUACUCGACUCGGGUUAGAGACCGUGUUGCUAUUGAAGCCGUAUAUGCACCAUAUGUCAGGAUGCAAGCUGCUGAACGGGGUCGGUUCGCCUAUGACGAGAGCGUUCGCCUGCCCUUAGACAUCAAUUACGACGCCAUACCCGGUCUAGCCUUAUCUGAAAAGGAACUACUGAAAGCCGCGUGUCCAGAAACCCUAGCACAAGCACGUAGAGUCGAAGGCGUUACUCCCGCAGGUACUGUCAGGCUCCUGGCACACAUACGCCAGCGCUCUCUUUCUGAUGCGCCGCGAGUGAACUAG